CCUGCUGUCAGUUGGAUAAAGAUGGCGACGACAAGGAUACUGCAUCUCAGCCGCAUCCCUCCGUGUUUGGCCGUUUUUCUCGGUUUAUUAAAUGUAUUUAAUUCAGGAAAUUGCGAUGAGCAGGUGCCGCUUAUUCUGUGGACAAGCGAAGGGAUUUCCAUGCCAACGCAGUCCCCUCCAACAGCCGGUCACAUUGUUGGACAGCAGCAGCUGGCUUCGUACCUAGAGAAGGCUCUCAACGUUGGCCCCCGAAAUGUAGUACUGUUUCUUCAGGACAAGAUGAGCAUUGAAGAUUUUACUAUGUAUGGUGGGGCUUUUGGAAACAAGCAGGAUAGUGUAUUUCCAAACCUAGAGGGGGCUCUGAGGUCUUCAGCCUCUUCUGUGGUGUUGCCUGCUGUGUCUUGGCCUGCCUCUAAUGCAGUAAUCGGCCAGCUGCAGGACCAGUUAGAAACAUCUCCUCUGUACAUGGACCCUGAGACUUUAAGUCAGCUCAGACUCAACGCCUCCUCACCUGCCCUGCUGGUGUUCAGGCUGCCUUAUGGCAUUGGGGCUGAUCUGAUGUCUGCAAAAGAGGUUCUCAGUGGGAAUGAUGAGGUGAUUGGCCAGGUGUUGAGCAUCAUGAAGACCCAGGCUGUUCCAUACACAGCUAUUUACACAGCCCUGCGUCCCUCAAGGGAGGCGGCAUCUCUUUCUCUGGAGGCAGGUGUGGGUGGAGGACGCUCUCUUCUGCAGUACAGGAGUCCAUAUAAAGACAGGGAGCGAGAAAGAGAGAGGCAGCGUAGGAUCAAGGAGAAGGCUGGGGUCUACGGCCCAGUGGAGUUUAAGGAAAAUGAAAAUACCUGUAUCCUCUUGUGGGCAAAAGGUCUGUCAGUGAGCAUCCUGCGUAGUGGCAACUGGGAAGACCAUGACCUGACUUCAUCUACCUUUGGCGAGGGAGCCAGCCCCAAACUUCAUGGUUCAAGUUGUGAUAAAACCAAAGCAAGGUUGGUUCUUAACUAUGAAAAUGUCCUUGGACACCGCAGCUUCAAACUGAUCUUUGGGAUGAGUCAGCGUUACUACAAGGUGUCUGCGCGUCGCUGGUUCACACUAGACAUUGUGGAGCUGGAGUAUGACGGUACUAAAGCCACAUUCAAUGGCAGCCGAAACAUUUACGCCCCUGCUGAGUACUCCUACCGCUGUGAGUUGGUCACCAGCUUCCGUUGGCCCUUGCUUGUUCCACGGUCGUCCAAAGAUCCAUCCAAUCAGUGGAGGGUCACAUUUGAAGAUUUCCAGAUCCAAGGCUUUAAUGUGACAGGCAGUGAUUUCUCUUAUGCUAGUGACUGCGCAGGCUUCUUCUCCCCUGGCAUCUGGAUGGGCCUGAUGACCAGCCUCCUCAUGGUCCUAGUGCUUACCUAUGGUCUGCACAUGAUCAUGCAGCUCCGUACAAUGGACCGUUUUGAUGACCCCAAGGGCCCAGCCAUCUCUGUGCCCCAGACAGAGUAACACACCACAUGUCCAGUCUUAUGCAGUGUCCCUACACUUCCGUUUCCAUUCCAUUUCUUUAUUUUUCUCCCUCCAAUUCUCCCUUAUUUUACUGCUUCCUCUCUUACCCUUUACUCUCCUUUAAACAUUCCACUCACCCUUCAUGUGUAGUUGGGCAUUAUCAAAGCAAAUUAGUAGUGUUGUCAUUAAAAUAAGGGUUUAUAUAUCAGUACAUUAUGUGUCGCCAUUGCAAUCCAGUUGUUACUAUAAAAUGUGCAUCCUGAGACUAAAGGAUAUUGUUCCCAGGCUGCCAUAGAUUGGGAUUCACCUCCCACAUGAAAGGGAUCGAAUUGUACAUAGAAGGGACAAAAAUAACUUGUGAAAAAUGUUAUGAAUAAUAGAAAAUGCUAUUUAUUGGUCAAAAUAAUUUCUGUGUGUUUACAGUUGUAUUUGUGUCUGUGAGUAGACAAGUGAAAGUUAGUUGUUGAAUGAAGGGAACACGUUUUCUUUAUGAAAAACAGUUCGGCAUCAUAUCCAUUGUGUUCUUUUAACCUCAGUAUUCUCGAUCAGGACAUUUUGAUGAACUCUCUACGUUUGUUUUUUUUUGGUAUGGCAAAAAAAACCUGAAAUCUUUUUAAAAGCAAACACUACAGCAAAGUUAGAAAUAUCCCAUAGAUUCUGAAUGAUCUGGUGUUUUUUCCAAAUCCCAAGCUUGAAUCGCUGUUUCAUGAAUGCUGUUUUAUUUAUUAUACAAGCUAAGCUUUCACAUCUGAUGUGCACUGACAUAUACUUAAUGUGAAAAAGUAAAUUCUACUUUUAUUUGUUAAUUUAUUUUGUUUGAUCAUUUGUCGUGAAUAUCAAUGAUGUAAGGUCCUGAAUAUGGUCCUGUGUCGUGCUGCUGCUGUGAACCCAAUAAAACAUGUAUAAAGACGAA